CGCUGGACCCGCAAGGUUAGCUUAGCUUAAUUUACUGGCGGAAAUGCUCUAUUACUGAGUUUGAUUGAGUUACAGAUUAGAGGUUUUCCUUCCACAGGAUCGAAAGUUGCUCUCUAGGAGAACAUGACGACCAUCACAACCUCCAGUGGCAAAGCUGAAACUGUGACUGUCAGACGCACUGAGUCCUCCGAUGCUCAGCAGAUCUGUAAGCUGAUCAGCCCUGCAACGGUUGCUGUGUUUGGCAGAGUGAAUGUGAUCCACCUCUUAGAAAAGGCUAAUUUGGCAGUGACUUUAAACACAGCAAAAAAUCAUAUUCUUGCUCAUGCUGCUUUCUUGGACCACCCCAUCGGUGACCUGGUGGAUCAGGCUUCAUGGGAGGAGUUCCUUCAGGCCCAUUUUGACGGCACAAAAUUCACACCGUUGAAUACCCUCUUCUUGCAUCUGUUUGUUGCCCAGUCCAGCUUUUCAACUGGGAGCGCUAAAGAGAUUGUAAGAACAGUCUUCAAUGCCAUCACUGAGCUGGAAUACAUCUGUCUGGUUACUCCUUACAGCAGCUGUCUCGAGCCAGCUCUGGUGGGCAUUUUUGAGCCCAUGUCUUGUGUUAAGGAGGGGGUCCAGUGUGCUGCAUUUGUAUGCCACAGACAUAACUACUGCCCAAGGCUUCAUGUGCGCAGAGCCAGAGUGGAGGACCAUGAUGACCUCACCGUCCUAUUAGCGGAGCAGACCAAGGCUCUGGCUGGCUCCUAUGGCCCGUACUUCCUGGCUGAACUCAUUGAAGCCCAGGAUGAGAUGAAUCACGUGGCGGUCUGCGAGAAUGAAGGAAUUGCAGUGGGCUGUAUGAGUUUGAGUGGUGAUGUCAACCUGAAGCUGCUCAACCAGUGCUUUGAACUCGGACCAUUUAAUGGACUGCUAAAGGAAAAUCCUGACCAAACAGUGGACUCAGGACAGACACUGAUGGACAAACCCACAGAGGAGGACACUGAGGCUGCUGAGCCCCAAAACCAUCUGAUAAAGUCAGAAAGCAAAGAGGUAUUCCAGAGGCCUGAUGCAGACAGAGCUGAGAAGGGGUCAGACAGCUCAAGAGCAUCGUGUGACAUGCCUGAGGCCAAGCCCAUUAGAGCAGGCACAAAAGACUACACAGGAUCCAGCGUGGGCUCAGAACAAGCACAGUCUCCUAAUGCUUUCUGCAUUCAGCUCUUUGCCAUCGACAAGAGGUUUGAAAUAAGAUCAGUGGACUUCCUGCCUUACGUAUUCAAACUUUUCCCAGAGAGGGACUUCUGCAUUAUCUCAGUUCCUAAGCUGGCUCCAGAGUUUCCUCUGCUGCAGACCUUUCUCAGAGCGGUGCCUCAUCACUCCAGCAGCCUGCCACAGGAGCUUUACAUCUUCCACCGCUCAGGCCUGCUCAAGACGCUGCGGGUGCGUGUGCCGGUGUGUGACGACAUGGCUGCCGUUCAGAGACUUGUUCAGAAACUCAACCUGCAUGAAGCUCUGUUGGAAGAUCUGGAUACAUUCUUCAAAGCUCGGCGAGAUCCAGAUGGAACACCUAUUCAAGCAUUUGUAGCUGAAGCUGAAGGACAGGUUGUCGGAAUAGUAAUCAUUAGAAAUGAGCAGGACAUCGAGUACAUCCGAGCCAACUACAACAUUGAGAACUUUGUGUAUUUCAGUCAUUACCAGCGUGAGGAGCACGGCCAGCUGUGCCAUUUCACCCUCAACUCCAUCUUCCAGCACUAUGCCAAACACUUCCUGAAGGAGGCGCUGCGUCUGGCACACAAAUCCUGCCUCUACUACCCCGUCUACCCCUCUAACUACAGCCAGAGGAAUGCCUCUGCCCAUUCCCUGACGGCGGUGCUGAACUGCAUGGUGCCAGUGCGUCCUCGCCGCCAGAUCAUCUACCCACUGGAGGAGCUGGACAUUAACGCUCCAUCCACACUGAUCACCAGAGAACAGGUGCCCUACGCGCUCAAUCACAUUAACAGAAAGCUCACAAUGGAGCCUAAGGUUAGCAUCAAUGCUAGGAUCGUGGUGGUAGGAGCUUCUGAUGUUGGCUUAGCCUUCUUGGAAACUCUUGUGUUCUGCCCCCAUCUACGAUUCAACAAUCUGACUCUCAUCUCCACUCAUGGCCUCCCAGGCAGCCACAGCAGUGACGGCACAAGCUUUCUGACCACGAGUCACUGCUACAGUGAGCGCGAUCACGCUCUGCUCUCUCUGCGCUCCUGGGUCAGUGUGGUCACAGGCAAGAUGACGGCCAUUGAUCGAGCCUCUAAGCACGUUCAGGUCAGCGGGGGAAGGAUAGUUCCAUAUGACCAUCUCAUCCUCUGUACUGGACAGCAGUACCAGAUACCCUGCCCUACUGGAAUAGACAUCAGUAAGUGGAGCUCCAUGGACCAAGUCCCAGCUCAGCCCAGACGCAGAAGAUACACCGGCCACGUUCCCUCUAACUUCUUCACUCUGAAUGACCAGCACGACUGCUCACAGGCCUACCGCUGGCUGCUGGACAACUUCAUGGAGCAGCAGGGUAAUGCAGUGGUGUAUGGGGACUCAACAGAUGUGUACAGCUGUGUGGAGAUGCUGCUGUGCUUGGGCGUAAGAGGCUCCAGGAUCCAUGUGGUCCACACACUUGCCGACAAACCUACGUCAUGCUUCCAGAACCCUGCAGUGGACCAGGCGGUCAGGAGUGCUCUGCAGAACAAGGAGGUUCACGUCCAUCACAACUGCCUGUUGGUUCAGCUGAAUGAUGGACAGCAUCCUGAACCACUCACAGCAGUGUCCUUUACCACUGACGGCCCACCUCUCAGACUGGAGUGUACUGUCUUCUUUAACUUCUCCUAUAAAGGGGUAGACUUUGACGCCUUCAAGGCCAUUAAUGAUGCCUGUCUCGUGUUUGAUGGCCGCCUAGUUAUUGACACCACCUUCCACACAAAUGACUACACCAUUCGAGCCGCGGGACCUUUAACAAAGUUUGCCCGCCGCUACCAUGCUGACCAGUGGUCCCAUGUUAACUUUAACUCAAAGGAGGUGGGCCAGGAGCUGGCAUCUAUACUGUUGCCCUUUUUUGACCCCACACUGGAGGUGCCUGCCAAACCCACACCUGACGUGGACCGCCUUAUGCCCACCUACACACAGCCUAAGACUGAAGGUGGAAGGUUGCCAGGUGGAUACAGUUAUCUUCACAUCAGAAAACCCUCCCUCUACACUGGCACAGCGCCUUCAGUUGCUAAACCAGGCCGAGAGAUGGUGACUGGACGUGUUGAGACAGGAAACUACUUUCACCUCCAGUUUAACUCACAGGGCCUGGUGGAAGGCGUCACCUGCCUGUCUCUAAAACCACUUCCAGUCUCCAACUACAUCUGCCUGUACAGCAAACACCAGCUGCUCCUCAACCACCUGUACGAACGCUUUGAUGAAGACCUGGUCCAUGACUUCUACAGCUAUUUCAGGGAGAGGUGGUGCAUGGCCAUAUUUCAUGACCGCUUUGCUGACUUUGAGCAGGAAGUGCGUCAGAUCAUGGAAUCAACUAAAGUCCAGCUUGACCAAGACUCUUUGUCCAUUCCAAAACUUGCUGAGAUGAUAGUGGAUGGCACCUGGGAGGUACCUGCAGACCCAUCCCUGUACUUAAACCAGAUCUUUGAGCAAAGUGAAGGACCACAAGCCCUGAAGAGAAGCGUUCUGGAUUACCUGAAGUACAACAGAUAUCAUCUCCCCAUGUACGCACAGCCUGGAUUACUGUAGCAGUCACCAAUGCAUCUUCAAAACAAAAAUCAUUAUUAUAAGCUGAUUGUCUCCUUAUGUUUUAGUCUGGAAAUACUGUACUCAUUUAGUUACUCCAUUUAAAUCUAAUUAGAAUUUUUUCUGACUGUUUUCUGUUUGUUUUGAUGUCGAAAGAGUCUUUCUUUCAGAAAAACAAG